AUGAAUUGCUUCCUCUCUUAUUUCAGCUUGUUUUUCAGUGUAGUUUCGUCGAGAACGAUUAGCGUUCACUAUAUCUGCAGAAUCCGGCAAAAAUCUGACCAUUUCACCUCCCGGGUUGUCAAAUUGAAGACUCUGAAGUUCUCGUUGAGCUACUCUUCCUCGAGAAACUCUGCGUUUCGAGUUUCCUGGACGAGAUGCCUGAAAACUGAUAAUCAGAUGCUGCAUCAUGCAGAAGGAGGAAUGAGUGUAAAUGAUUUACAAGAGCUCAUUGAUAGACGAAUUCCGGACAAUAGAAAUCAACUGGAGACGAGUCAUGAAAAUCUGGCGAAGGUUGCUGAGUUUUGUAAAAAAAAUUAUGUGACGUCGAGAGAUCAGCCACUCGCGCUAGAGGAGACAAAACAAUAUGCUAUUCAAUCACUGGCCAGUGUUGCUUAUCAAAUUAAUAAGAUGGCAGUAGACCUACAUGAUAUGCUCGCGUUUCAAACAGAGAAGGUGGACUCUCUUGUAAAUCAGGUGCAAUAUGUUGGUCAAGUUGUAGAUGUUCACAAAGAGAAACUUGCGAGGCGGGAGAUUGGAGCUUUGACGACUAACAAGACAUUGUUCAAACAACCGAAAAUAAUAGCUCCAGCUGUUCAAGAACCAAAAUUGAGAUAUCAGCGAACACCGAUAGAUUACUCCAUUCUCGACGGAAUCGGACAUGGUGUGAGAUCUGCCGAUCAAUCACGAGGUGGUACUCUGAUAUCUCGAGCCACUUCUUCAGUGUCAGGAAGUUCUCCUUCUCAAUAUCACAAUGAUUCUCCAGCGUAUGGUGUGUUUUCUGGUGAACGAACGGCCACUCUCGGCAGAACUAUGAGACCUUAUGCUCCGUCUAUUGCUCCUUCAGAUUAUCGUCUUCCACAGAUGUCAUCACAAUCAGAGUCUCGAAUGACCCGACAAAUCAGUCACGGAUCAGAGUUUGGUGAUCAUCUUAGCGGAGGAGGAGGAAGCGGAAGUCAGCAUGGUUCAUCAGAUUACAAUUCUAUUUAUCAACAAGAUCGAUACGGAACAAUUCGAGCAGGCGGAAGAACAACUAUUGAUGGAGGUUCAGUAGCAGCUCCAAGACUUCCUUCUGCGCAAAGUAGUGCUGGUCCAGAAUCACCCACAUUCCCACUUCCACCACCGCAAAUAUCUUCUAUGCAUUAUAACGGGUACGUAGCACCUGGAAGUGUUGUACAGCAACAACAGCAACAAAUACAACACCAGCAACCAUACCAGCCACAAAAUUAUGGAACUAUUCGAAAAUCAACAGUUAGUCGAAGUGACUUGCCACCUCCUCCAAGUUCAGUUCUGACCGGAAACCGAAUUUCAAUACACGAUGAUAUGGAUGAUUUGCCGCCGCCUCCAGAAUCUGUUGGAGGAUCCUCAGCUUACGGAGUAUUCAGUGGAGGAAGGUCAGAUUCGUACUUAUCAAGUCAACCAGCAAGUCUCUUUGAUACUAGUGCUGGAUGGAUGCCGAACGAAUAUUUAGAAAAAGUACGGGUUCUGUAUGACUAUGACGCUCAAAAAGAAGACGAGUUAACACUUCGGGAAAAUGCAAUCGUGUACGUAUUGAAAAAGAACGACGAUGACUGGUAUGAGGGAGUGCUUGAUGGAGUCACUGGUCUAUUUCCUGGAAACUACGUCGUACCAUUAUAA